UUUAAUUUAUAGUCUACUUUUACAGCUUAUCUUUAUGAGAGCAUCCCUAAAAACGUUUCCUCGUGGUAGGCUAUAUAGCUUUUAUUAUUUAUUUUAACUUUUUUCUUGUGAUAAAAUUUUAAAUAUAUGCUCCCUGUUUCUUAUUUUACACCUUGUAAAUCAUUUCCUAUUAUUUCCAGCCUACAUUAAUUUCGUAUAGGCCUAAUAAUGUACUUCAUUAUCUUAUAGAUGCAAAUAGGCUAGACUACAAUAGAACUUUAUUGUUAUCAAUCACAGUUAAAUAACUGAACUAGUACCUAAUUAAUAUUCCAUCUUUCAUAUAAUAGGCUAAUAUAAUCUCAAAAAUUGACUGCGUUUUAGUAGUUUACUACAAGUAUUAAAAAAAAUAACUCAACUCACUCGUAUCACAAUAUGUUGAAGAUAUAAAUUUCUUUAGCCUAAUCUUUAUUGACUAAGCUCAAGACAUUUUUCCAUUUCAUACAAGUGUCCGCACAAUACCUGGCUCAGAGCCCAAAGUAAAAUCUUUCUAAAUGCAAACUUGAAAUAGAGCCUAUGCUAGGUUAGGAUAAAUAUGCUGUUAGUUUUAUUUAUUUUGAACUUUCCUUUUUCAGAUUUCUAUUGAUUAUUAACUUGAAAAAUGUAUGCUGUGAUAGAGUUUGGGGGCAGUGAGGAGAACCAGACAGCCGUAGUGAGGGAGGAAUGGCUAACACCAGCUAAGAAAGAGGUUUUCUGGCCACCCUUCAAAGUUUCUACACAAUUCCAUAAGGCUUUGGUUGAAGGCGCAACACCUGACGAAAAAAAGUGGACAUUAUUUCCGGUCAGGCGAUGCCUAUACAUUUGUGAUGAUCUACUGAAGGCUCGUGAGAAAGAGAAAUUGGCGGAGGAGUCUGACAUACAAACGGAUGGUGAUGAAUUACUUGAUGGGAGAAGAAAGAGACGAAAAACUAGCAAGAAACUAUUCAUCAGCAGUGAUGAUUCAUCUGACGACUCCUGCAAAAGAGCAAAAAAAAUCUUUCCUACAAAAACAAAUGUCAGUAUUACCCCCGUCCGCCUUCACCACCAACAAAUCAGCUACGGGAAGACUGUUCUUCACAAUCAUUAGUUUCCACACCAAAGUCAUCAACUGCAACACUGACACCGACAGACUCUUCAAUUGAAAAAACUGUCACUGAAUCUGAUUCCAUGCCAACACUACCAUGUUUGUCGCAUGAGGAUGUACUGAAACUUGAAGAGUGGAUUUCAGUGGAAGGAAACGAACAAAUAUUUGUCAAGUUCUUGGCACGAAUAGGUGGGAAGAAGUUGGAUCACGUUGUAAGAAGAAUUCUGGAAAGAGUUAUCAGCAACAACCUUGCAAAUGAUUACAACUGGACUGGAAAAAACCAGAAAAUAGCCUUGAGAGAAUUCAAAUUCAUCGAUGUAAUUGUCUGCGCAGUACGGAACAACAAGUGUACUUCCAGUGCUACAGAUGAAGAAAUUCAGACAAUAAUAAGAAAUUGGUUUCGAUUUUCCAAAGACCGUGAUGGAGGUCGAGAAAAAAGAAGAAUGGCUCCACCACCUAAUCACAUGUAACCAUAAGUACCGUACCAAAUAUGACUACCUAUUACUUGGUGUAUUUAGUAUCUUGAUCUUUUGAAAUUGAAAAUGAUUCCAGUCAGGUGGAGUAGUGGCAUCAGUAUUUUGGUAACAUGCAUUAUUUAUAACAUACUAUAUUUUUAUGCAUAUGAAUUUUAAAAGUUGAUAACUACUAGAUAAUUCAAUGUUUUUUUAUUACUAUUAAAAUGAAUGUCAACAAGAGUCUUAGAACACAACAACGGUUUUGCAAGAAACGCGAAGAAGCAAUUGUUAAUGAGUUGAAAGAAUCUAUUUAUUCAGAAUUGUCAACACAACCUGAGCCCUCAUCUGGAGAUGACCAUUUCAGUGCUACUACAAAUAGCGGUUUUUUUCCUUCCCAGACUGGUCUGUCAGUUGAUGACUGGAAUGAUUUUGGAAAAGAUUAUGAUUCUAACACCUCAAUCACUAGUGCAUCCUCUGUUGAGGACAACAAAAACCACUGCCCUUCUAUUUUGGAUUUGUUAAGAAAGUUGGUAUUAUGGUCAAUACAAUACAACAUACCUAACUCUGCAACUACAGCUUUGUUGCACAUUUUGAAUCCUUUCUUGCCUGGUCUGCCUCUUGAUGCUAGAUCUCUGUUAAGCACACCUCGAAGCUGUGGAGUUGAGUCAUGUGGAGAUGGAAAAUUCAAAUACUUUGGUAUUAAGAGUCACUUACUUGAAAAAAUUCCAAAUUUUAUUCCAUCUUACCACCCAAUAAUGGAACCUGUUGCAAAAGAUUUUCUUGAGCAGGGUACAAGCUUAAUAACUGUAUCAAUUAAUGUUGAUGGACUCCCCAUCUCAUCCAGCUCAACCAAGUCUUUUUGGCCUAUUCUAGGCGUGGUUGAUCAAAAUAUUGAACGCCAACCUUUUUUAAUUGGUAUUUACUGUGGAGAUUCAAAACCAGUUUCUUCUAAUACUUUUCUCAGACCUCUAGUGGAUGAAUGUUUAGAUUUGGAGAAAAAUGGAGUAGUUUACGAAGGAAAGAAAUACAGCUUCCGUGUAAGCUGCUUUAUAGCUGAUGCUCCAGCUCGGCAGUUUUUGAAAUGCAUUGCAUCACACUGCUCUUCUCAUGCUUGUGAGAAAUGUACUCAAGAAGGUACCAGUUACAAUAGGCGUAUGACAUGGCAGUUAGAAAGAACUCAAUCUCCACUGCGAACAGAUGAAGCUUUCAAACAAACUGAUUUUCUGGGAGACCAUCAGUAUGGCCCAUCAGUCUUAUCUGAACUGUCUAUUGGUCUAGUUACCCAGGUACCUCUUGACUACUUACAUUUGAUGUGUUUAGGCAUUACAAAAAAACUUGUAAGAGUAUGGGUUGAUAAAGGACCAAAACAAUGCAAGCUCAGGGCUAGUGCUAUAGAAAAUAUUUCAAGUCGAUUGAAAAUCAUAGCAAGUAGUCACAUUCCAAGUGAGUUCUCUCGUAGACCCAGACCUUUGCAUACAUUCAAGUUUUGGAAAGCAACAGAAUACAGAUCAUUUAUGCUCUAUAUAGGUCCUGUUGUUCUUUUUAAGAUAUUACCUGAUGAACUCUUUCAACAUUUUACUGUUUUUCAUGUCAUUGCAUACAUUCUCACUAGUGAUAAGGGAAGUGAUUUGAGUUGGAGAAACUAUUGUCAAGAACUAAUCAGUCAUUUUCUCCACUUGUCAUCUAGUCUAUAUGGUAGAGAGUUUUUAAUUUACAACUUUCAUAACCUCACACACCUUCCUAAUGAUGUAAAAAACUAUGGCUCACUAGAUCGAUUUUCUGCUUUUCCUUUUGAAAAUCAUAUGAAAGUUAUAAAAAAUAUGGUACGCUCCCAUAACAAUGCCAUUGAACAAGUGAUAAAAAGGCUGGGUGAGAGAAAAUUGAUAUCGUGCAACAAAAACCCUAAAAUAAGUGUUAAGAGAAAUGCUGAAGGAUUUUUCAAAUGCAUACCUUUCAGUGAUGGAAGUACAUGCUGUAUUGGGACUGGAAUCAAAGAUGGUUGUUUCUGUACGUUUAAAAAUGAAAUUUUAGUUGUAAAUAAAAUAAGAAAAAAAUGUGGUAGCUCCUCAUACUUACUAGAAUGUAAUGUAUUCAAGUUUAAAGAUGACUAUUUCAAAAUACCAUUGAAAAGUAGCAAGCUGGGUAUUUUUGUAGUAGACAAACUUGAAAAAAAAGAAGAUUCUGUAAAUAGUGUAGAGCUGAAAUACAAAUGUUUCUUAUUGCCAAAUUUUGGUCAAAACAAUGAUAGUUUUGUGUGUAUUCCUUUUUGCAACAUGGACUCGUUUUACUGAAAACUCUUCUUUAUUUGAAAUUACCCCAAGUUUGUAAAACUAGGUUGAU